CACGUGAUUAAUUCAGUAUGGCGGAGCUGCUGCUGGCUCUAUGAAUUGUAUUUUUUGUUUAAACUCCACCGACGGGUCCUGGAACAAACCCCGCGGAGGCUCCUGGAGACUCGGGGGGCAGAGAAGCAGCCGUGCGGCCCCGAAAGGUGGAGCUCGCCCCAGCUUGACUGUUUGGUUGAAGGAAUCCUGCCACAACACACCACUCAAGGUCUCCACCUGUGGCCGUGUGCCAUGAAGCCCUGAGAAACAACAGCGCUGCGUUCCUCCUCUACUUGGCAGCACCGAGCGGCGGCACCAACGUGGUGGGAAUCACAGGAUGGCCUCUACAGCCACCGCGGUGGUGCACUGACACUGCUCACCUCCCCUCCCCUGACAGGUCUGCCUGCACCACCAGCAACCAUAACAAUGAGCUCUCACAGUCAACCAGGCGUCUUCAGCAACAAAGAUCAGCCUCUGGAACUUCUCAAUCCACUUGCACUCAACCAUUUCGUGGAUGUGAGCACUGCAGCGCUGCCCACGCAGGUGCCCCCUGCCACCACAGCUCUCCUUCCCAUGGACCUGCGCGUAGUGGACCACCAUCACCACCACCACCAGCAGCCUCCCUUCGGCCUGGUUCCCCAAACCCACCCCCUACCACCUGUCUCCACAGCCUGUCCCAUAUCAGCCGAGCCAGGCCGUGGGCAAGUCGUCAGCCACCCGGAGCAGCAGCUGCAACAGGAGCUUGUGGUGCUCAAACACAAGCAGCAACUGCAGAGACAGCUACUGAUCGCCGAGUUCCAGAGGCAGCAUGAACAGCUGUCGCGACAACAUGAAGUCCAGCUGCAGGACCACAUCAAGCACCAACAGGAUCUACUGGCCCUCAAACACCAGCAGGAGCUGCUGGAGCAUCAGAGGAAGAUGGAGGAUCAACGUCACAAGCAGCAAAUGGAGAAGCAGCAGCGCGAACACAAACUCCAACAGCUCAAAAACAAGGAUCGGGGACAAGAGAGUGCCAUCGCCAGUACAGAGGUAAAGAUGCGACUUCAGGAGUUUGUCCUGAACAAGAAGAAAGCCCUUGCUCAGCGAAAUCUAAACCACUGUCUGCCCAGUGACCCACGCUACUGGUAUGGAAAAACCCAGCACAGCUCUUUGGACCAGAGCUCUCCGCCCCAAACAGCAUUGUCAGCUUACAACCACCCAUUGCUGGGCAAUUAUGACUCAAAAGAUGACUUCCCUCUCCGUAAAACAGCUUCUGAGCCCAACCUGAAGCUUCGUUCCAGGCUAAAGCAGAAGGUGACCGAGCGCCGCAGCAGCCCUCUACUCCGCAGGAAAGAUGGUCUGAUCACUACUGCCAAGAAGCGUUCCCUAGAUGUGGCCGACUCUGCAUGCAACAGUGCACCAGGCUCUGGUCCCAGUUCCCCAAACAACAGCUCCAGUAACAUCCCCAGUGAGAAUGGGGUCAUCAUCUCCAGCUGCCCAGGAGAGGCCUCCCUGCUUCAGAGAUUGGUUGCGAGGGAAGGGUCUCUCAGAAAGCUGUCUUUAUACACCUCUCCGUCUCUGCCCAACAUCACCCUGGGACUGCCAGCCACAUGCCUCACUAACACUGUGGUAUCAGGACACCAAGAUGGUGAGACUCAUCUCUCUGCGUUACAGCAGGGCAUUCCUCUGACCCCUCCUUUCCUGGCCACUGCCCACCUACCCCCUUACUUGGCAUCUUCAGCGCUGGACAGGGAGGGGGUCGGAGGGGGCACAGCUGGUCACAACCCCCUCCUUCAACACAUGGUGAUGCUGGAGCAGAGCCAUAAUUCAGUGGUUGGUCUUGGUGGUCUUUCGCUGCAGUCUCCGUCUGUCUCCAAGCUUGCGCGGGGCCACCGUCCCCUGGGGAGAACCCAGUCAGCCCCACUGCCCCAGCAGCAGUGUGGACAGGCCCAGGCCCUGCAGCAGCUGGUGGUCCAACAGCAGCACCAGCAGUUCCUGGAGAAACACAAGCAACUGUUCCAACAGCAGCAGCAGCAGCACAUCAUCAACAAGAUAAUUUCGAAGCCCGGCGAUCAGGUCUCCUCCGCAUGCUCCAUCGCCUCAGGGUCGGCCAGGCAGCAUCAGAGUCACCCGGAGGAGACGGAGGAGGAACUCCGGGAGCACCAGGGGCUGUCCUCCAUGUCCUCCUUGUCCAUGCAGGAGACGGGGCCGCUCCGGGGUAUGGUCAUCAAGCAGGAGCCCCGGGACCUCCAGGAGCAGGAGGAGAUUGAGCAGAGGGAGAGACAGGCUGAGCAGGACUUCAUGUUCAGACAGCAGCAGGCUCUGCUGUUAGAGCAACAGCGGAUCCACCAGUUGAGGAACUACCAGGCCUCCAUGGAAGCAGCCGGGUUAUCAGGCACCUUCUCGGGACACCGCCCGCUCUCCAGGGCGCAGUCGUCUCCGGCCUCCUCCUCCUUCCCAAUGGUCGUACAGGAGCCCACGGCCAAGCCUCGAUUCACUACAGGUCUGGUAUAUGACUCUCUAAUGCAGAAGCACCAGUGUAUGUGUGGAAACACCACAAGUCAUCCAGAGCACGCCGGACGGAUCCAGAGCAUCUGGUCCCGACUGCAGGAAACAGGCCUCAGAGCGCACUGCGAGUGUAUCCGUGGUAGGAAGGCCUCACUGGAGGAGUUACAGACAGUCCACUCCGAAGCCCACGUCCUGCUCUACGGAACCAAUCCACUGCGGCAAAAGCUGGACUGUUCAGUGAGUCCCAUGUUUGUGCGGUUACCAUGUGGCGGCAUCGGGGUGGACAGCGACACCAUUUGGAACGAGGUCCAUUCAUCCAGUGCAGCUCGUCUGGCUGUUGGCUCCGUCGUGGAGCUGGUCUUCAAAGUGGCAUCGGGCGAACUCAAGAAUGGUUUUGCUGUAGUGCGUCCACCUGGACACCAUGCUGAGGAGAGCACACCCAUGGGCUUCUGUUACUUCAACUCAGUUGCAAUUGCAGCCAAGCUCCUGAAGCAGAGGCUGAAUGUCAGUAAAAUCCUCAUCGUGGACUGGGAUGUUCACCAUGGGAACGGCACCCAGCAGGCCUUCUACAGUGACCCCAGCAUCCUUUACCUUUCACUGCACCGCUACGAUGACGGAAACUUCUUCCCUGGCAGCGGAGCACCUGAUGAGGUGGGCGCUGAAGCAGGUGCAGGCUUCAAUGUGAACAUGGCCUUUACUGGGGGACUGGAACCUCCCAUGGGGGAUGCAGACUAUCUAGCUGCUUUCAGGACGGUGGUUCUGCCGAUUGCCAAUGAGUUUGCCCCAGACGUGGUUCUGGUAUCUUCAGGCUUUGAUGCGGUGGACGGACACGCUCCGCCCCUGGGAGGAUACAAGCUCACGGCCAAAUGCUUUGGCUACCUGACCAGGCAGCUGAUGGGUCUGGCAGGCGGUCGGUUGGUGCUUGCCCUGGAGGGGGGUCACGACCUCACAGCCAUAUGUGAUGCCUCCGAAGCCUGCGUCUCUGCUCUGCUUGGCAAUGAGUUGGACCCCAUUCCAGAUGAGGUGAUGCAGCAGAGACCAAAUGCCAACGCUGUCCAGUCCAUGGAGAAGGUUAUUGAAGUUCAGAGUAAAUACUGGAGCUCACUGCAACGCUCCGCCCCCACACUCGGUUGCUCAUUGAGUGAAGUCCUCCAGCGUGACGUAGAGGAAGCCGAGACCGUCUCCGCCAUGGCCUCGUUGUCUGUUGCCAACAAACAUAUUGGAAAGAGGGCUGAAGAGGAACCGAUGGAGGAGGAGGUUCCUAUGUAAAGAAACAUCUCUUGCCUUGUGACCACUCAGACUUUAUCUCUGACAGUGUCCUCAUCCAGUCAAUUUCAGUUUAAACGCCACUCAAGCUCCAAUCCCCUCCCUCCCACCUCGACUGAUCAAGAUGGCAUCUUCUCAUGGGAGGGAACAAGAGGAGCGAGUGGCGCUUCAAUGGAUCAGGAACACUGAGGAUGUGCGACGCAUUCACUGAUCAGCAGCACACAGACUGAUCAGAACCAAUGUGUUGCAUUGUCCUGUCAACAACACCUUGGAUAUAAGAGGAUUGACUGAACAAUCCUGCAAUGACAGCCUUGAGUGCCAGUGCUUUUUAAACACUAUACAGACAAACUUUUUCAAUGCCAGUCGCAACCUUGUACAGACGAUCUGCAGAUGUCUGCCUCUCUCUCUCUUUAUUAUUCCGUUUUUCUCUGCGCUUUAUCGUGAUUUUCUCAACCUUUGUCAAAAAACCCACCGGAGCUGAUGUGAUUGUGACUCUGCACUACGGACGGAUCUUUCCUGCUCUUUUCAAGUGUUCCCCGCUGAAAGGAACCAACGCGGUGGUUGGAGACCUCAGAUGAGACAUGUCAGCGGAUGUUCUGGUUUCUAAAGGAUGGACAGUAGACGACUGUGCACUUGUGCCCUUUAAAAGAAGAAGAAAAAACAAACCUGGUGGAUUUUCUGUUGAACUUAAGCCUUAAAAAAAGAAAAACAACAGGUUAGGGAACGAACAUGCUUCUCCCCAACCCCCUCAAACAUUUCUCUCCUAAGAAGUCAUCCUCUGCCUGCAUGUUGUCGGCACAUAGACUGGAGGAGCUCGGCAUUUUCCCCCUGCAACUCCCUGCAACCAGCCAAGUGUCUGUCCCUGCACCUCCUCCUUUCUCUUUCCUCCUUCCUCCUUGGUCUUUACUUCGGAAGGUAGUUCCCGGCCACAGGUUGGAGUUGGUUCAGUUUAAAAGCAAGUUAAACAUGGGAUUAAUAUUACUCAUGUAAACAGUUAAUAAUGUAGCAUGCACUGUACUAGAGCAUCAAGACAUCUGAGAACUAGAAAAGGUGGACUAUCAUCUCUGUAGAUUCAGAUUUAUCAUCGAUGAUUUCACUCUUUUACGAUUUGUCUCUUUAAGACCACUGUGGCUCCAUGGUAACCAGGACCAUACCACCUGGGAUUUUCCAGAGGGGUGUUCCAGGCUCUCACACACAGCUGGCUUACCGUUUCAUGCCCCUUGUUAAGCACAUCUGCUCCCCAAAUGUCAGGUGCUGUGUGAGGGCAGGUGUGUGCACAUCUGUUCAUACACAGUGAAGCUGCUCUUUCUAAAUAUUGAAGUGUAAACACAUAUUUUUAGAGUCAGGAUGAGGCCAUGCGUAAACAAUAUCCCUCAGAGCACAUGUACCGCAGAUUCUCCUCAACAUGAAUCCUCCUCUAGGUUCGUGUUGCAGAAGAUUUAAAUAUAGAAGUUAAUACUGUAUCGAUCUGCCUUAGAAAUCUGAAUCCUUUGGAAUCAGUGUAAAAUCAAACAUUUUAACAAAAGGAAGCUAAAGGUUUGCUUUGAUUUUUCCAGAUUACACAAAACACCAGCCACUAGCCUUGCUGUAGUAAACCCUGUUUGUCUGGUUGUGACUCCCAGCUGCUGUGCACUAUGUGGCCAGUGUGCACUGGUGCACUGGUUAACUUCUCAUCUGUAACCGUCACUCCAACAUGUGUUUCGGCCUCUGGGUAACUACCUUCUUUCUUUAUCUCCUCUGGAAAAAGGACUAAUGUCGUGUUUUAAUGUAUUUAGUUUUCUCAUUGAACAGAAACAGUGCUGUGGUGUUCACUGUUGUUUACUGUACAUAGGACAAUGAUCUCCUGAGUAUUCCUGCCACAGACACACACACACACACAUACACACACACACACACGCACAUCUCUUAACGACUACUCUUUAUUUUGUCCUUCCCAACAGUGUCUCUUUGUCUUUUGUUGCCCUUUCAUUGGACUCCAGUGACGUUGUUGUGUUUUUUGAAAUGUGUCCUCCUAUUGUCUUACACUCUUGGUCCCCUCUCUCCUCUCUCCGCUGUUUUUUCUUUCUUUUUUUCUGAUCUUCAUAAAGGACAGGUGAGGAUUCUCGUGGACAUUACACAACUGUGUUUUCUGGGUUUGGGGGGGGAGGGGGGAGGACAGGAACACAGAUGUUUCUACUUUGUACAAUGAUGGCCAAUUGUGUAUUUACUGUCUGUUCAUAGUAGAUUUAUAUAUAAAAAAAAGAAAUUAGUAUAUUAUAUAUAUCUAUACAUCAUGAAAUACUAUGAUCUUGUUUUUGAAGUCUGUAUUGAAAAUGAUCCUUUUCACGGGCCCUGCAUACUGUCGGCUCUUUUCUGAGGUGUCACUGACGACACCCUGUGCUGUACUCGUUUACAGUUCGUUACGUGUUGAGUAGCAUUUUACUGGUUUUCUCUUUGUCUUUCCACACUGAUGACAAGUGUUUGGCCUCAUCCAUCCCAUAAUGCACCAUGACACUGUGGCCGUCGGUGUGCAGACCACCUCUGCUCAGCCUCACACCAGUCAUACCAGUCCAUACUUUAAUUCAUGUAUGUGUGUAAAUGGCUGGCACUCGUAAAACUCUAACUAAAGAUUCAAUAUCUAGAUUCUAGAGAUCUACAAAAAAUGACCAACGUGGUCGUGAGUUCCUUCACACGUGUUCCUCUUCCUCACGGCUUUACAAGAGUGAGAAACAAGGGGAGGGUGGGUUUGUAUUGGGACGUGGCCCUACUCUUCCCCUGAUCACUUAUUUGUUAUCAGGCCUCGUGUCCUUUUAUUUUUGAAAAAACAUUCCUUUGAAUUCACGUGUAAUCUUGAUGGCCUGGUGUUCAUUAAUUCUGCCCCGUAGCCAAAAGAUCACAGGUGCUUGAUUCCUCAAGUCUGUCCCUUCUCUCGGGACACACACAAAAAUACCAUUCCUGACUUCUCCUGAUAGAGCAACAAGUACUUUUUCUAACAAGUUUAAUAUAACUUUAGGAGGUUUCACAUCUCAAAUGGCCAAAUCUCUGUCAGACACAAGUAAAGUAAAUGUGGUCAUGUUGACUGAAUGCGUCUGACCUCGUCUGCAGAUGCAGCUUUGAUGUCACUUGUCUCUAAAUCACCUCCAUGACGUCCUUUCUCAUGGCUCCUGCAGAUGGCCGGAGGGGUCAAAGGUCAUUUUAAGCAUCUUCCACAUUUAGAGGAACAAAGGAAAGCGUGUGCAGUAAAUUCUGCCCCACAAAGGAGGUCUAGGCAUUAAGUUCUAUCACGUGCUGUUUGGAGAGACUUUACUUCCUCUCGUGCUUUCUGCGUCACUUCUGGGAUCAUUUGUUCCCGAGGACCACGUCCACAUUAUCGUGACACAUCAUCACGCUCAGCUGAGUAUCACUCAGACCGGGAUCUGUUGACAUCUCUGCGCAUGUAAGCACAGUUGAUCAGAUGGUAACUCAGCCCAGAACAUUCCCAGAACCUUUGCACAGCAGUGCCAGUCAUUGGGUUUCUCCCGCUGAAUGCUUCGGUUUGUCGAGAGGAGCCAAGACUAGCACACUCUGGCCUCUCCGGGCCGUCUGUCUUCACGGUUAGUCUUAACACAAUGUCUGGUAACAAAAAGAAAAAGCGGUGACAUUCCAUUUAGAUAUAAUUUCCAUUCAUCGGGAGGGGGCACCUCUCUUUGUUCUAACCCUCCCAGCUCAGUCCAGCCAGGUCCAGGAGCGGUGGGUUUAUUUAUGCGGCCUGGUCCGACUCCACUCCAUUCCUCUUCUCUCUCUCUCUCUCUGCAUGAUCCAUUUGUCUGCAUGCACUGCCUACCUGCCUCUCCCUCUGCCUCACACCACAUGUCAGCACAAGGGAUCGAGCACUGAAGGACGUUAGUACUUUCACUGUAUCCAGUCUUAUCUCUUUUUUUGUUUUUGUUUUACUGCUUUUGUGUUUCUGCUGGGGAGGAGCUCGGGCGCUUUCCAUGUCGUGUUUCUACUUGUAGCAUAUGGACUCUUCAAAAUCUGAAAGACUUCAGUUGAAUAUUUGACACAUAAAAUGAGAAGAAGAAAAAAAAAAAAGGUAUCUAGCACUUGUAACACAGACGAUAGAUUUUAAUUGUAUUUAUGUAGAAAAGCAAAUUGUUUUAAGGGGACACUUUGUAAACUGCGACAACAGAAUUGACUUUUCUUUAUUUUUAUUUUCAACACCAGGCUGGAUGUGACUUUGGUGAGACUUUUGGGAAGACUCGUUUGUUGUCGGUCACAUCCGGACGGAUUAAAGGGCUUCAUCACGUUGCCUGGUUAUUGUUACAGUUGUCCAUUCCAGUAAAUAAGCCAAUCAUCACUAUGACCACUGUGGUUCAAAAACAGUUCUAGGUUUACAUAUGUAUAAAAUGCAUAUUCUUGUUUUUUAUCAGUUAUGUUUUUUGACUCGUUCCAACUUUGUUACAGAAAUAGUACAUUUCUCUGGGGAACCUUUCUCUAACAUGUUGUCUUUGACAUCUACAAUAUAAAGUAUUGUUUUGGAAAAAAACAA